UCUUCCUUCUCUCACUCGCAUUGUUUCUCUCUCUCUCUGAUUCUACAGUAACGAGCUCGGUUUCAAGCUUGCACACAGUGCGUCUUUGGUUUUCUCUUUCCUAGGGUUUGUGUUUUGGUUCUGAUCAUGGCGUCGAUGUCGUCGCCGGAUCAGGGGCCUAAGACAGAGGCGGGAGGAGGAGGAGAGAGCUCGGAGAAUGUGUCGGCGAGUGAUCAGAUGUUGCUGUAUAGAAGUUUUAAGAAGGCGAAGAAGGAGAGAGGAUGCACAGCUAAGGAGCGUAUCAGUAAAAUGCCGCCCUGCACAGCUGGCAAAAGGAGUUCUAUUUACCGUGGAGUCACCAGACAUAGAUGGACAGGUCGGUACGAAGCUCACCUUUGGGACAAGAGUACUUGGAACCAAAACCAGAACAAGAAGGGCAAACAAGUUUAUCUAGGAGCAUAUGAUGAUGAAGAGGCUGCUGCUAGAGCCUACGACCUUGCUGCCUUGAAAUACUGGGGACCUGGAACACUUAUCAAUUUUCCGGUGACUGAUUACUCUAGGGAUUUAGAAGAAAUGCAAAGUCUCUCAAGGGAAGAAUACCUUGCAACUCUACGUAGAUAUACAUUUGGCAGAAAAAGCAGCGGUUUCUCAAGGGGAAUAGCCAAAUAUCGUGGCCUUCAAAGCCGAUGGGAAGCAUCAGCCAGUCGGAUGCCUGGACCUGAAUACUUCAGUAACCUUCAUUACGGUGAUGAACGAGGAGCAGAAGGUGACUUUCUUGGCAGCUUUUGUCUGGAAAGAAAGAUUGAUCUAACGGGAUACAUAAAGUGGUGGGGAGUCAACAAACCCGGUCAACCAGAAUCUUCAUCAAAGGCAUCAGAGGAUGCAAAGGUAGAAGAUGCAGGUACUGAGCUUAAGACACUGGAACACGCUUCCCAGGCAACAGAGCCAUACAAAGCACCAAACUUUGGCGUUCAUCAUGGCACUCAGAGGAAAGGAAAACAAAUAACAUCGCCGUCCUCCACCUCUUCUGCUUUAAGCAUUUUGUCUGCGUCACCUGCUUACAAGAGUCUGGAGGAGAAAGUGAUGAAGAUCCAAGAAAGUAGCAGCACUAGAGAAAACGAUGAGAAUGCAAACCGUAACAUCAAUAGUAUUGAGAAGAGUCACGGUAAGGAAAUAGAGAAACCACCGGUCGUGAGUCAUGGAGUUUCUCUAGGCAGUGGUGGUGGUGUUGCUCCUGCUGCUGCUGCUUUGUCUCUUCAGAAAAGCAUGUACCCACUUGCGUCUCUCUUAACUGCUCCACUGCUCAGCAAUUACAAUACAUUGGAUCCCCUUGGAGAGCCUAUUCUCUGGACACCGUUCCUUCACCCAGGAUCUUCUCAUACUUUAGAGGUGACAAAGACAGAGACAAGUUGUUCCACAUACAGUUACCUCCCACAAGAGAAGUGAGCCGUUCCCCUUUAGACUGUUUGUGAAAAUGAUCUGAAGCAGGAAUGUACAGGUUUUUGUCAGUGUUUUAUGUGUAUUUUCAGUGUGGAAUAUAUAUAGAAUCAUUAUACUUAAAUGUAAAACAUGCAAAAUUUAUGAUUAUACAGUAGUAUAAAGGUUUGCUCUUAAAACUUGUGCACAAGGUUAACAUGAUUGUCACCGGUCUAAAUGUUGACAAACAUAACCUUCA